GUAUUGAUAAACAUGAAAAUAUUGAAAGAAUAAUUUUUAAUUGUAAAGGUGUAGGCAAAACAAAUUUUAAAUAUAAAAAUACUGGUGAACCAACUUUUGAAUAUAAAAAUAUUGGAGAAGCAAUUUUUAAAUAUAAAGGCAUAGGCAAAACAAUUCUUGAAUAUAAAAGUGCUAAUAAACUGAUUUUUAAAU